AUGGCGAUGAUGCACGCCGUGAAGCAGUGGCAGAGACACCAAGCUGGGACCGCGCGGGAACGACCAAGUCAGCAGCGUGCUCAGAAGGCGGACGGACGGGCGAGACGCGAGAAGCGAGGAAAUUCAUGCCGUGGCGGUGGAUCCGAUAAUGCGGUUGCAUAUCAGCAUGUGGUCUGCCCACUUUACGCUGUCCCGUCACAACUGGGUGCGGUUGCGGAUCUCGAAGCGCCUAUUGCACCUUGGACAUGGUGCGUUCUCAGUUGCAGUGAAUUUGACGCCUUCUCCGCGAACAACGCAAGCAAGUCCCACUCUUGCAACCAACUCAGGACUCAAGCAGAACGCACUGCGAAGGCUGAUAUCCCAAGCCAGAUACAGGCAGAGUCUACUUUUGUUUCGCCAGCAGCUAACCAUUCAAUCCAAGUUGUUGUGCAACCUGCUGCAAGGAGCAUCGAGAGGAUGAAUGUGGUCCUUUUCGAGCUUGCACCAACUCAAUUUGACUACAGACGAUUCGUGCCUAGUCAUAGCAGAGAAGGCAGAGAAGAGGCGCAACACGAAAGCAGCGACGAUCACGACGAGUUAGCCAAACACCAGUGCUUCUCGGCAUUUCUCGGUGCAUGUGUUUGGCUGUCAAUCUCGACCGACGGGAGAAAACCCGGGUGCUUUUUCUCACGAGAAGAUACCCAGUCUCGCUUCCGCAGCUGUGAUAUCGGUUCGUCCAAGCUUGAUGAGAAAGUAGAAAUAUUCAAAACGAGAGAAAGCAGAUCUGACCAUUCCAACACGCGCCAUGCGACACGCCGGUACACAUGCUCACAAUCUCUGUCUGACUGUCAGCACCGCACCUGA